UUCUCGCUUAGCUAACCUAUAUGACCGAAAGCUUGGUUGCCUUAGCUAUUUUCCGCUGUAGCGUUAGUUAUCGCCCAUUUUGGCGUAGGAUUGUGGUUCUAGCCGCUGAACUGCGAAAAAGAAUGGUCGAUAUCCGACGGACUUGGGAUGCUUCCAGCUCUUCGGCCUGGAUGGCGCAGCUGCCUCUGCCGCUCCUGAAUGUUCCGCUGUGGAAUCUCGCCAUCCCUGGCAGCCAUGAUAGCAUGGCGUACUGCCUGGACAUACAUUCCCCAGUUCUCCAUUCACAGCCCAAGAUACUGAGAGUGCUGGACCACAUUGUUCCCUGUUUCAUUCGACCGUGUGUGAAUAAGUGGGGUACCACUCAGGAGCUGAUCAUUUCCUCUCAGCUGGAAUCAGGAAUUCGUUUUCUGGACCUAAGAAUUGCACACAAGCCAAAAGAUUCGGAUCAGUCCUUAUACUUUGCCCAUGGGAUAUACUCUUUGGUCACUGUUAAGGUGGCCCUCACUGAAGUUGCUCGCUGGUUGGAGCAGCAUUCUACAGAAGUAGUCAUAAUCGCUCUCUCUGCCUUCGAUGACAUGACCCCUGUCCAGCACAACAACCUCAUUGACUUUCUCAAAAGGCUAUUUGAAAAGAAACUCUGUCCCAAAUCAGAGAUUCCUUCCCUGAAAACGUGCUGGUUGCGUGGUUAUCAGGUCGUUAUGUCGUACGCUGACCCAGCGGGGUCUGGUCAUGAGGAACUGUGGCCAGUUUGGGAUUACUGGUGGGGGAAUGAGUCAGACCCGAAUCUGGUCAUCUCCUACCUGCAGCAUCAGAAGGAGACAGUGGGAAGACCAGUGGGCUUCUUCAUGGCCGGUCUGAAUCUCACAGAAGAUGCAAGAUAUGUGCUUCACCAUCCCGGGCAGUCUAUGAAGAGCAUGACUGUCCGUGCCUAUGGUCUGCUGUUGGACUGGCUCAAACAGCAGCGCCCUGGUGCCCAGAAAACCUCCCUGAACAUCAUCUGCGCAGACUUUGUUGGGAUUUCAGGAAAUGAGUUCACUCGGGUAGUUGUUGCACUCAAUACGCAACUUUUAAAGCAGGACGUAUUCAGUGGAUGACUUCCUUUACCACUAAACAGUGAGAUUUUGCGCUUUGUGAAAAGGUCUAGUUUGAGAAGACUAGACUGAACCCUGCAUGUCAUUUUGUGACAGAAAAGAGCCAUUUAAUGAAUGUUUGUUUAAAAUUGUUUCAUUGUAUUGUUGAUUUACCAAAUCAAUUAUUUUAUGUUUACGCAUUUAUAGUUUGUUUUCUCUCUUGUAACACUUCCUGAUUUUAAAAAUGACCUUCCCCGUUUCUGCAACCGAAAGGGUUCAUUGCCUCUGCAGUGCAGUUUAAUUGCGCCAUCUAGAGGUCAUAAUCUGUAAAGCAGAACUCCUCCGAAAAAUUCGUUUUGAACUCAAUAUAACGUCGUAUUUGUAUGUUUUGAUUAUCUUUUAGGGUUUCUGUUAAAAUCCAAAUCAACAUGUUGCAUGUAUAUGUGCUGGAUAUGCGCUUGCUUUUCAGCGUCCAGUUUACAAAUAUUAAUGCACUCUUGCUUGCCAUUUUAAAAGAAAUAUUUUCCUGGCAGUGGAGAAAAACCUGUCAGUAUUUUGGGCCAUCAUCCUUUUGAGGAUGUUUGUAAGCUGUUCACUGAGUGACACUUUUAUAUUUAUAUAUUUAUAUAAAAGUGCUACUAAUUGUUUGUUAUAUUAUCAUCCAUCUCAGAUAGAUGGUGAGGCUAAUGUCUUUUUAAUAAUAUUUUUAAAGCACCUUUUGUAAUAUUCUGGCUCAUCUCGAAUAUCUCCCUGUAAUGUGCUUACCGUUUUAUUCUGUUUUAAGUAGUAAUCCAGUUCACUGAUGCCUUCCUUGCUGCUAUGGCCUUGUAUUUGAUCAAUAAAUGCGAGGGGUUUAUUAA